CCUCCCCUUCCCUUCAGCUCCGCUGUACUUCCCAGUUGACGAAACUGCGAAUGCCGCGUUACAGAACCACCAUUACGUAGCCGUUUCUUUCCGCGUUGCGCUCGACUAUUUAGUUUAGGUCUACCUCUCCAUCUUCCCGCUUCGGCGUGGCUGCGCGCCGUCGAAGCCAGCCAUGGCUGCUAACGACUCAAGGGACUCUACCAACGCCGAAGCCAUGGCUGCCGCGGAAACCGCGAUCUGCGAUCACUGCGCUCGGCCCAUCCCCGUGGCCAACCUGCCGUUGCACAUGGCGCACUGCGAGACUCGGCUCGUGCGGUGCGACGGCUGCGAUGAGAUGGUGGCGACUGCAGCCAUGGACCAGCACGUGGCAGCCGUGCACGCCCCUGCCCCCUGUUCGCUCUGUGGCGAGGUCAUGGAGCACCGCCUCCUGCCAGCACACGAGGCAUCAUCCUGCGCCCUGCGACCGCUCAUCUGCCCCUUCUGCGACCUCCCUGUCACCGCCAUGGACUUCACUCCCCAUACCGACGUGUGUGGCAGCCGCACGGAUAAGUGCGACAUCUGCAGCAAGUACGUGCUAAAGAGAGACCAGCCAGAGCACCACAAGGAGCACCAACAACCACUUGACUCGGCCUCGACCGGGGCCAGCACAUCUGGUCCCACUAGCCUAAAUCAGCCACGUGAUGCUAGUGGGCAUUCUGGGGGUAUAGGAGGGUACUGGCAUCUGCUCGUGCCUGUAGGGGUUGUGGUGGUGGGCGUAGCGUUGGCUCUCGGUGUGCAGAAGAGAAACAAGCGAUAGGAUUACUGUACCCACGUAUUCCUGAAUAGGUAUGUACUGGUAUGUCUAUGAGCAUGAGUUCUAGGUAGAAAGAGAGGUGUCGUAGGAGGGAAGUUGGAAAAACGAGUGACAACUUGUAAGCAGCCAAGGAG